AUGACCUCCGACUGCCCCGCCAUGUGCUGCUGCUCCGAUGCCUGCAUCGGGGCUCCUGAUUGCACUUCUGCUUCAACCUGUUGUGUGGAAACCACGUGCCUCCCCAGCGCCUGUGCAAACCCUAGAUGCCAGACCCCUAACUUCCUCCCCAGGUCUUGCUUGACAAGCGGUUACCUGGCACCUUGCUACUUUGCCGGGAGCUGUAAUAUUCCGUGUGUGGUGGGGACCUGUGCUUGGUGCGAGGACGGGGUGUUCAACAGCAACGAGAAGGAGACGAUGCAGUUCCUGAAUGACAGACUUGCUAACUAUCUGGAGAAGGUGCGUGCCCUGGAGGAGAUGAACGCAGAGCUGGAGUGCAGGAUCCGAGAGCAAUGUGAGGACGAUAUCCCAAUGGUGUGCCCUGACUAUCAGCACUUCUUCGACACCAUUGAAGAUCUCCAACAAAAGAUCCUGUGCACAAAGGCAGAAAAUUGUAGACUUGCCGUACAGCUGGACAACUGCAAACUGGCUGCUGAUGACUUUCAGUCAAGGUACGAGUCUGAACUGUCUCUCCGCCAGCUGGUGGAGGCCGACAUCAGCGGUCUGCGCGGGAUCCUGGAAGAGCUGACCACGUGCAAAGCUGACCUGGAGGCCCACGUGGAGUCUCUGAAAGAUGACCUGCUGUGCCUGAAGAAAAACCACGAAGAGGAGGUCAACUUGCUUCGGGAACAGCUCGGAGACCGGCUCAGCGUGGAGCUGAACACGGCGCCCACCGUGGACCUCAGCAGAGUCCUGGACGAGAUGCGCUGCCAAUACGAAUCGGUGCUCGCCAGCAACCACAGAGACGCUGAGGAGUGGUUCGCCGUCCAGACCGAGGAGCUGAAUCAGCAGCAGCUGUCCAGCGCCGAGCAGCUCGAGGGCUGUCAGACGGAGAUCUUGGAGUUGAAGCGUUCAGCCAACGCUCUGGAGAUCGAGCUCCAAGCACAGCAGAGCCUGACAGAGUCCCUGGAGUGCACUGUGGCAGAAACCGAGGCCCAGUACAGCACGCAGCUGGCCCAGAUGCAGUGCCUGAUCGAUAACGUGGAGUCCCAGCUGGCCGAGAUCCGCUGCGACCUGGAGCGGCAGAACCAGGAGUACGAGGUGCUGCUGGACGUCAAGGCCCGGCUGGAGAGCGAGAUCGGCACAUACCGGGGCCUGCUGGAGAGCGAGGACUGCAGGCUUCCCUGUAACCCAUGCACUGCCACAAGCACACCAAGCAACACGUGUGAGCCCUGCAUGGAAUAUGUGCUUUGCACAGUUGAAAACUGCUGUGCAUGA